UGGAGUUACCUGGAGAUGAACAAAUUCGAUUUAAUAACACAAACAGUACAAAGCGUCUCUCACGUCCAUUCUUUUAUUUUUGAUUUUUCCCAACCUGCGUUGGAUCCGCAGCUUGUGAACCGGCUUUUGGAAGGGGUGGAGGCACCUACCUCGAAAGACAGGGACCUCCUUUUAAAAAUGUAUGGAAUUGCGCCCGGAAAUACACAGGCUUUGCUUUUUGAAAUCACAAAAAUGGUAGAAUCAUACAUGCGGCAGGCAAAUUUGGUUUUGCCACCUGCAUACGAUGUUACCUGGUUUUGUAACCAGUUUCUGGGCGUGGAUUCUUUUAAGGAUCUAAAGGAUACUUUCGUAGAUUUACAUUUCAAGGGGCGCGAAAGCUUAACUUGGAACACGGGCUUUGUUAAUUUUUAUAACGAAAUAUGGAGGGCCGAAGACUCCCCGCCGGGUAGCGCUGUAAGUGCUCCGAAUCAGCUUUUUUUGGAAAACCCAUUGGAUCAAUUUGCCAUUUACCCAAUAAUUGAUCUUCAUGUGGGCAACUUUUAUUUUACAUUUACAAAUGCAGUCUUGUAUAUGCUGCUCACUGUCGUUUUGGUCGUUUUUCUGUUUUUUGUUGUUACGAAAAAGGGAGGUGGAAAGUCAGUGCCAAAUGCAUGGCAAUCCUUGGUCGAGCUUAUUUAUGAUUUCGUGCUGAACCUGGUAAACGAACAAAUAGGUGGUCUUUCCGGAAAUGUGAAACAAAAGUUUUUCCCUCGCAUCUCGGUCACUUUUACUUUUUCGUUAUUUCGUAAUCCCCAGGGUAUGAUACCCUUUAGCUUCACAGUGACAAGUCAUUUUCUCAUUACUUUGGCUCUUUCAUUUUCCAUUUUUAUAGGCAUUACGAUCGUUGGAUUUCAAAGACAUGGGCUUCAUUUUUUUAGCUUCUUAUUACCUGCGGGAGUCCCACUGCCGUUAGCACCUUUCUUAGUACUCCUUGAGCUAAUCUCUUAUUGUUUUCGUGCAUUAAGCUUAGGAAUACGUUUAUUUGCUAAUAUGAUGGCCGGUCAUAGUUUAGUAAAGAUUUUAAGUGGGUUUGCUUGGACUAUGCUAUUUCUGAAUAAUAUUUUCUAUUUCAUAGGAGAUCUUGGUCCCUUAUUUAUAGUUCUAGCAUUAACCGGUCUGGAAUUAGGUGUAGCUAUAUCACAAGCUCAUGUUUCUACGAUCUCAAUUUGUAUUUACUUGAAUGAUGCUACAAAUCUCCAUCAAAAUGAGUCAUUUCAUAAUUGAAUAAAAACGAGGAGCCGAAGAUUCUAGGGGGCUACAGCUGCGCUUUUGCAGCACUGAACAUGGUUCCGGGUACUCAAGAUAUUGCGUUUGUGUUUGGAGAGGUGUAGAUUGUAGAUUCCAGCCGAGAAGACCAGGAAAAGAUAAGGAUAAAGAAUGUCAUAUAUCUCAGGAGCUAGAUCACUUCCCGAUGAACAAGUAAGAAUUGCCUCAACAAAAAUGGAUGGAAUUGGACCGAAAAAAGCCAUUCAGCUUCGUUAUCGAUUAGGUAUCAGUGGGAACAUCAAGAUGAAUGAGUUAACUAAGUAUCAGAUCGACCAAAUUGAACAAAUGAUAGCUCAAGAUCAUGUUGUUCAUUGGGAAUUGAAGAGGGGAGAACGAGCAGACAUCGAACGAUUAAUUUCUAUUUCUCGUUAUCGUGGAAUUCGUCAUCAAGAUGGAUCGCCCUUACGCGGUCAACGAACUCAUACUAAUGCAAGGACUGCUCGCAAGCAAAUUCGGAAAUGAAAGAAGGCUACCGAAAGAACAAGCAACGGAUUUCGCGCUCAUCCCUUGCUAAAGCGCAUACGUUUUCUUGCUCCUUGGUACUUGUCUGAUCAAUCACACUGUUCAUUAGUUCACUUGAUUUUUCGUUCGAUGUCUUGAACCGCUUACUAAUCACGUAUACGUAUAGUAGGCCCCCUUCGCCACUCCACGUCUGGCCCGUCUUGGUCUCGCUCACUUCGCCCGCCUAUCGUAUCGGCUCGGCUUCGUCCGUCAAGCGACAGCUUCUGCCUCUGACGGCUUCACUAUCGCUCAUGACUGGUAGUACUCUAUGUAGUAGUCGGCCUUUGUUAAGCUUCGCCAGAAGCGACUAGUCGCUUCCCGAAUGCCUCUUUCUUGUACUAAUUAAUGUGUAUGGUCUAGUCUUUCCAAUGCCUCCUUCCUUGCCGCCAACGCACGCUAGAUGGAGAGUAAGCAAGCUACCUUGCUUGCAUUGCAUUCGUUAAACGGUAGCUUCCGCGCCCUUCCUGCCUGCUUCAAUUGAUGUGAAUGAUCGUGUCUUCGACAUCAAUUUCAGUCUGAUUAGAUAUGUCAUUGAAACAAAUCUGUUUUGUCUCUGUUUUCUUUUCGGAUGAUGAGGAUGAGCCAGCCGAUCCUAACAUAAUUUUGGAGGAGCCGGACGACGAAGCCUCAAAAUCAGAUAAAGAUGUCUCCGACGCGACCGGACUUCCACUAGAUUUUUAUAGGGGUCAGGAGGGAAAAGAUAUGCUGUUUUCUAUCAGUCCCAAGCGGAUACUCCCCAGCUUCCACGGUCCGCUUACCGAGGAAGAGAUGCGGGAGGACCCAGGGCCAGAGCAAGUUGGGUUGGGGUAUAGAGCCGUAAGCGCGGUGGGGGUGACAGAGGAUGUGCUCGUACGGUUCAUAGUUGGGUAUGAUAUUCUCGUGGAUUGUUGGGAACGUCCUCUAUAUUCGAAAUAUGCCUUUCUAGGAGCAUUACGAUCUGCAGCUCAAAUGGUCCCUUAUGAAGUCUCUAUUGGUCUUAUUCUUAUUGUGCGCCUUGUGAGCACGUUUGGAUCCGCGAAGGCAAUCGCUCGGAUCUUCCCCUAACCCAACCCGGGAACGGACCGGAGGGAACCGCAGCAUGAGGAAUGUCCGCGUCUCGUCGCAAGGCUCAUUUUGAGUUUUGGGUCAUAGGGCGGGCAGUGCAGUCCGGGGCACAAGGGUCCUGGUACUACCCAGGUGCGAAGAACCCCGGAGGCGACUGCAAUGAGCAAAAAUGUCACUCACCGGCCUAAACGACGAGCAAACACUCGAACGUGAGAGCAAGGGAUCACCCAACGAAUGGACGAGCUCCAAGGAGGGAGGAGAGAGGGAGGCAAGAACCAUGCUUUCAGAGAAGUGGCGGUCCGAAUCCACUCUGACAAAAUAAAAUAACAGACUAAGCCGUGCCGUAAGGGGGGCAUUCUCCACACGGGACGGGGCCAAGGCCUUCAUGUAUGGGUGACAGAUCGGCCAUAGGAGUACUCCGGGAUAUACACCAGGGCAACUAAUGUCGAGCAUACGAUGAUGCCGCCCGUUUUCAUUUCGUGAAAGUCCCCGGCAGAGGAAAGGGCUGUAGGUGAUGGCGCGUUCUGCUUCUUAGGGCGAUGAAAUCGUUCCUA